AUGUCAGGCCGUGGCGCGCAAUGGUUUGUCGAGCCAUCUCAUCGAGUGGGCGCUUUCUAUCUAGGCAUGGGAGUGAACAAAGCCCUUUCCAUCGUACAGAAAAUGGGAAGCCUGGACUGUGCAGAAAUGAGCUUUGAUGAGCGGCAGCCUUUCAGUGUCGACCUGACUCUCCGGUUGCCUACGUGGGGGCUUCAGCUUUGCUUUGAUUCCUAUCAGCAGGACCUUCGCUUAAUUUCCGUGCGCUUGCAGGAGGUUGAACGUGUGCGAGAAGAGGCUCGGCCAGAACUGGUCUACAGCGGUCAGAAAUUUACAGCAUCGAGUCUUCGAGAGGUUUAUCAGACGUUCGGUCCCACUUGGAUUGGUGAUUUUCAACAUCAACCAGCUGCAUACUUGUUGAAAUAUCCUGGCCUAGCUUUCGAAUUCCCUUUGCCGCAGGAAAUGGUGGAAACGCUUGCUGCGAAAGGAGAGCAUCCUAUGGACGUUGCAGGGAGUGCAUCCUUAUUGUGGGUAUUCGCAGCGCAGGCUUCGGUGCAGAGCCCUUGUUCUGCUGUGCCGGAGCUCUUGGAGGCAGUGAGUGUUCUGCCUGGAAUCGGUGUCCAACUCCAAGGGCGGACCUUGCGCUUUGGUGCAAUGCCACAGGAUGUUGUGUCUGAUUUUGGGCCACCACAGCAGGUUUGCAUCAAAGAUGUUGAUGCAUUUCGGAUCCACUCUGCACGGGCGCCGUCAAAAAGUCUUGACUACUACUACAACUACUUCUAUUAUGGCUUGGAUGCUCUGUUUGACGGGCAAACACAUUUGUUGCAGAAGAUUGUUCUGCACCUGAAUCCCCCCACGCACGAGCGGUUCUCGCGGUAUACGCGCUGUUUUUUCCAACUGAUCCUUGAAGACCAGGAAGCUGAAGCAGAAGCGGCGGGAGAUGCUAUUCUUGCCGAGGACAAAGAUCCAUCUGGUGAGGACUCCCCCGCAGAGCAAAAGGAUGAGCAGGUCGAGCCGAGCCACCAUGUUGCAAGUACCCGACCGAAAGCCUGUGUGGAUGUGCGGUGGCAAUGGCCUGAAAUCGAGGAGGCGCUAUGCCGCGUGGCUGGUUUGACAAAAAGCAAGCCCUUCGUGAUGGAUCAAGAAGGCUACACUUCCUUCGGCAAAACCUACUUCUACGGCUUUCCAGGUUUGGUCUUUGAGGUGAUGCAAAACGGGUACCUGGCAUCGCUGACAAUCUUUGCAGUUCAUGCUUGUCGGCUGCCAGCAGCCUUCCAGAGGAGUUAG